UGAGGCUCCUCCCCUGCCGGGUGGUUUUGAACCUCCGUGUAAGGGCCUGGUGAGGCCGGCAGCCUCCACGGGCUUCAUGGCGGCGUCCAGGAAACUCAGCGCUCUUCGACUCCCGCCGUUGCCCACCAUUCGAGAAAUCAUUAAGUUAUUCAAACUACAAGCAGUGAAGCAGCUGUCCCAGAAUUUUCUCCUGGAUUUGAGGCUGACAGAUAAAAUUGUUAGGAAAGCUGGAAAUCUGACAAAUGCUUACGUUUAUGAAGUGGGCCCUGGGCCAGGAGGCAUCACAAGAUCCAUUCUCAAUGCUAAUGUUGCUGAACUUCUGGUGGUUGAAAAGGACAGUCGAUUUAUUCCUGGAUUACAGAUGCUUUCUGAUGCAGCACCUGGAAAACUAAAAAUUGUUCAUGGAGAUGUGUUGACAUUUAAGGUAGAAAAAUCUUUUCCAAAAAGUCUUAAAAGAUCCUGGGAGGAUGAUCCUCCAAAUGUGCACAUUAUUGGAAAUCUGCCUUUCAGUGUGUCAACUCCACUGAUUAUCAAGUGGCUUGAAAACAUUUCUAAUCAAAAUGGACCUUUCACUUACGGCAGAACUCAGAUGACUUUGACUUUUCAAAAAGAAGUGGCUGAGAGACUCGUAGCUACUACAGGAAGCAAACAGCGCAGUCGCCUUUCUGUUAUGGCUCAAUACCUCUGCACCGUCAACCACAGCUUUACUAUCCCAGGUCAAGCUUUUGUCCCCAAACCACAGGUGGAUGUGGGUGUGGUGCACUUCAUGCCUUUGAUAGAGCCCAAGAUAGAGCAACCAUUCAAGUUGGUGGAAAAAGUCGUUCAGAAUGCAUUUCAAUUCCGAAGAAAAUAUUGUCACCGGGGGCUAGGGCCUGCCUUUCCAUGGCAUUUAGCAGUAGCCUUCAGUGUAUUUUUGAUCAUAUCUCAUAAGGAUGCCUCUGAAAGAGAACUGCUUCAGAAAGUGGCAAAAAUGGCAUACAUUUGUUCAAAGCAAGCGGAAAUAUUUUGAGAGCAUGUUAUUCCCCGAAGCUCAGCGCCUAGAAAGCACGGAGAAGCUGCUACAGUUAGCAGACAUAGAUCCCACUCUUCGGCCCACCCAGCUCUCGCUUUUGCACUUUAGGAGCCUCUGUGACAUAUACAGAAAAAUGUGUGAUGAAGACCCACAGCUUUUUGGUUACAACUUCAGAGAAGAACUGAAGCAAAGAAAGGACAAAA